AUGCCGAAAUGCGGAAAGUACCGGAUGGAAAAGCAAAGCGGGUCCAGCACCAAAAAUAACGAAUCCCAGAGGCGCCCUGGGUCAUCAAACCAAACUAAACACUCUCACGGGUUUCAGCUGUUCGGGCUGCAACCAGGUCGGGGUACUCCUAUGGAUAUCGGCGCGGUCCAGGGCGGACAGACACACAAAUUCACCUGCUACAACUGUGGGCAGGAGGGGCACAUAGCCCGAAAGUGUACAAAUGGAGCGCAGGGCGCUCAACAAAAAAAUAAUCAAGGGCGCCAGGCGUGUCAAUUAGAAGCUGAAAAGCCGGACAAUUGGCUCAAUACUCUGGCCGGUCGUUCGUACAACGAAAUCUGGGCUUUCUUCUAUGACCCACAGGUCAAUGAAAUGAAGGCUCAGGGAAAAGAGUUCGGAGCUUAG